AGACGAGCGGGCCUUGAACGCCGUAUAUCCGGAAGUGAUGAAUAACAUGAUUUGGGAAACGCUGCCUCGGUGUUGGGCAUAUCCUGAGCUCCGGAGAAGCCACGCUAACGGAGCUGUGAGCUGGGUUUGGUGAGCCAGGCGGGCAGUGACGGCCGGAACACAACAACACGCCGUCAGAGAGCUGUCCUUUCCCCCCUAAGUCAGAGAAAACCCGCUCUGCCCAGCAUGGAUUUGGCUCGACUAUCUCCUCUUUUCCUGUUUUCCCUUUGUAUAAAGGGUCUGUUGGCCAACGUGGCGGCCCCAGCUAACGUGUCCCUUCAGUGUUACAACUUUAACAACACCCUGACGUGGGGUUAUGACGACAUCAGGCCCGGGCUCCGAUUCAGAGUGGACAUACGCUCGGACAUUGGACUGAAGGGGUGCAACGAUACAAUUUGGGUGGACCAGCCCUCCUUAGAAGCCGACAUUUCCUUUCUUUCGGAUCCGGGAACAACGUACUCCCUCAAAGUGACAGCUGUGAUUGGUCUGAAUGAAUCCGAGGCCUCGCCUCCGAAGGGACUCAUAUUCAGCUACUUCCAUAAAUCCCCACUGGGCCAGAAAUGUUAUCUGGACCUGCCGCCUGUUAGCCUCUCCUCAGAAUCGCAGGACAGAGUCCUGUUCAGCUUCGAGCAUCCCUGGCUGGUGUACCAACGAAGGCCGUCCCAAUGCAGAAAGGCGCACACAAAAUCCCGGUGGAGGAAACAGCCAAAGGAAACCCUCAGAGAGUUCCUGUAUGAUGUCAUCACUCUGGGAAAGGAGGAGAAGCAGCACGGCCUCCUGUGUGAAGAGAGACUGUGUAACGGCUCUCUGCCGGUGGAUCCAGAGCAGCACGAGCACUGUCUGAAGUUCAGUGGAGAGCUGGAGAAGAUGCUAAUCAGUCCCAAACACAGUUACUGCACCAAGCCUCCCAAACCAGCAGAUCACACUCACGUCUACGUCUCGGUGGGCCUCCUGGCCGUGGUGGCAGUGGCGGCUGCCGUUCUCCUCAUGGUUUUCUGCAAAGUGACCAGACCCUCAACUCCCCUGCCCAAAUUCAUGCAGAGCGGAGCGCCGGCGCAGCGGGGGCCCAUGCCGUCGCAUCAGAACUCGUUCUCCUCCGUGACGGUGGACAGACCCCUGCUGCCCACGCCCGAGUCGGACUCCGGACCCGAAUCUCCCCCUCUUCCUCCGAACGGAUCCGCCGAGAAUGAGCACCGCAUGCCCCUCCAGGUCCCGCCACAGAACCCGGAGCAGCCGCGCCCGAGCGGCCAGAAUCCGCCCUACAUGCCAGGCAGCAACCUGGAGGAGGAGGAGGAGCCAGCGUGCCCCGAGGCGUGCUCCUCCGGUUAUGAGUCGCGUGCCGUGUUGGAUGUUUUGGAACCUGAGGAACGGCACGAGGGAAGCCGUGGCUGAGGCUCCUGUUUCGCUUUAAAAACAAAAGGGGGGAAAAAAAAGCCGAUCAUUUUCCACAGCGUACACGCGUCCAGCACCUUGUUCCCCAAAUGUCCAAAUGAGUCCUUUGUCCUUCCAGGAGCUGGCUGUGACACCUGCUCCCUCAGAAACGGCUCAGGAUGACUUCAGUGUCCACUUUUCAUUUUGCUGUCCUGUGGAUGCACUUACUCUCUUAACUAAAUGCCCCCCAUCCUAAUCUGCCUUAAAGCUUUUGGCACUUUAAAGUCACAGAGAUGUGACAAUGUUACAUUUCUCUAAGCUGCUGUUAAGGAAUUCUUUUCAAACGUGAGAGUUUGAAAGAAAAUCAAUUGGUUGUUUUGAGUUCAAUGUCAGCACAGCCUUGUAAAGCAUUAGUACUUAGAAUUGAAUAUUAAGUAGUUUGGUGUGGGUUGGAGCUCAAAAUCCUUGCCUGCUGACAUGUUUUUAAAAAAUGUUUGAUGUAAAUACAUUUCUGCUGGCCACACCAUUUCCAUUUUAGCCUUGCAGCAUAAACAGAAGACGUCUGCUUUUCAGAUUAUGUCUUAUUAUUUACAGCGGGGAGGAGCUGCGACAUUGUCUUUAGUUUGUGUUUUUAUUCAGUCUAACUGAUUCAACUUAAGCACCUUGGGCUGUAACUGAUGAAAUACCCGAAGUGAGGGGAGGAGAAACGCCAGCAGCCUGAAAAAGUCUCAGGACGAGAGACUAACUCGGUAAAACAUCCGACGAGCAAGUGACCGCAGAGCUAAAACGCCUGCGGUUUUGAGGCGAGGAAAAGAAAUGGAAGCCGUUACAGUCGCCUAAAUACAAGCUCUGAUUUCCCCGUCUGAAAAACAGAGCUCACCCAAAUCAGAGGCGGCCGAACGGUGUCCCGUUCAGGCCUUACGGGACACCGGGACUGAGGGGCUUUGCUGCUGAGCCGCAGCUCUUUGGUUAAGGUAAUGGUUUUUUGUUGUGAAUUUGUCAUUACUUUUUCUCUUUGCAUUUGUGUCAUGCCAAUAAACCAAGUGCAAAUAAAAGCUUCUGUCUCGUG